AUGGCUGUCUGCGUCGAGCCAGCUCGGGCCAAGGAGGUGGAGGGAGAUGGGAGGGUUCUGCCGGCUGACAUCUCCCCUUCCCUAGAUGCCAAGGGGUCCAUCCGAGAGAUCAUCCUGCCCAAGGGCCUGGACCUGGACCGGCCUAAGAGGACGCGCACGUCCUUCACCGCGGAGCAGCUCUAUCGGCUGGAGAUGGAGUUCCAGCGCUGCCAGUACGUGGUGGGCCGUGAGAGGACCGAGCUCGCCCGGCAGCUUAACCUCUCCGAGACCCAGGCAAAUAGUGAAGAAAAUAAUGAACGAUUCAAACGCGGGAUAAAAAAACAAAAGAAGAAAAGGAAGAAAGAGCCAGCAAAUGAUGAGUCUCGGCGUGGGGACUCCGGGGGCAGAGGGUGGCAGCCCCUAUAG